AUGUCCCAGAAAUCCUGGAUAGAAAGUACUUUGACCAAGAGGGAAUGUGUAUACAUUAUACCAAGUUCCAAAGACCCUCACAGAUGCCUUCCAGGAUGUCAAAUUUGUCAGCAACUUGUCAGGUGUUUUUGUGGUCGCUUGGUCAAGCAACAUGCUUGUUUUACUGCAAGUCUUGCCAUGAAAUACUCAGAUGUGAAAUUGGGUGACCAUUUUAAUCAGGCAUUAGAAGAAUGGUCUGUGGAAAAGCAUACAGAACAGAGCCCAACAGAUGCUUAUGGAGUCAUAAAUUUUCAAGGGGGUUCUCAUUCCUACAGAGCUAAAUAUGUCAGACUAUCAUAUGACACCAAAACUGAAGUCAUUCUGCAACUUCUGCUUAAAGAAUGGCAAAUAGAAUUACCCAAACUUGUUAUCUCUGUACAUGGGGGCAUGCAGAAAUUUGAGCUUCACCCACGAGUCAAGCAGUUGCUUGGAAAAGGUCUUAUUAAAGCUGCAGUUACAACUGGAGCCUGGAUUUUAACUGGAGGAGUAAACACAGGUGUGGCCAAACAUGUUGGUGAUGCCCUCAAAGAACAUGCUUCCAGAUCAUCUCGGAAGAUUUGCACUAUUGGAAUAGCUCCAUGGGGAGUGAUUGAAAACAGAAAUGAUCUUGUUGGGAGAGAUGUGGUUGCUCCUUAUCAAACCUUAUUGAACCCUCUGAGCAAAUUGAAUGUUCUGAAUAAUCUACAUUCCCAUUUCAUAUUGGUGGAUGAUGGCACUGUUGGAAAGUAUGGGGCAGAAGUCAGGCUGAGAAGAGAACUUGAAAAAACUGUUAAUCAGCAAAGAAUCCAUGCUAGAAUUGGUCAAGGUGUCCCUGUGGUGGCACUUAUAUUUGAAGGUGGGCCAAAUGUUAUCCUCACAGUUUUGGAAUACCUUCAAGAAAGUCCUCCUGUUCCAGUUGUCAUAUGUGAGGGAACAGGCAGAGCUGCAGAUCUACUAGCGUAUAUUCAUAAACAAACAGAAGAGGGAGGGAAUCUUCCUGAUGCAGCAGAACCUGAUAUUAUUUCAACCAUCAAAAAAACAUUUAACUUUGGCCAGAGUGAAGCAGUUCAUUUAUUUCAGACAUUGAUGGAAUGCAUGAAAAGAAAGGAGCUUAUCACUGUUUUUCACAUUGGAUCAGAUGAACAUCAAGAUAUAGAUGUAGCAAUACUUACUGCACUGCUUAAAGGCACUAAUGCAUCUGCAUUUGACCAGCUCAUCCUUACAUUGGCAUGGGAUAGAGUUGACAUUGCCAAAAAUCAUGUAUUUGUUUAUGGACAACAGUGGCUGGUUGGAUCCCUGGAACAAGCUAUGCUUGAUGCUCUAGUAAUGGAUAGAGUUGCAUUUGUAAAACUUCUUAUUGAGAAUGGAGUAAGCAUGCAUAAAUUUCUUACCAUUCCCAGACUGGAAGAACUUUACAACACUAAACAAGGUCCAACUAAUCCAAUGCUAUUUCAUCUUGUUCGAGAUGUCAAGCAGGGAAAUCUUCCUCCAGGAUAUAAGAUCACCCUAAUUGAUAUAGGACUUGUUAUUGAAUAUCUUAUGGGAGGAACUUAUAGAUGCACCUAUACUCGGAAACGUUUUCGAUUAAUAUAUAAUAGUCUUGGUGGAAAUAAUCGGAGGUCUGGCCGAAAUACCUCAAGUGGCACUCCUCAGUUGCGAAAGAGUCAUGAAUCUUUUGGCAAUAGGGCAGACAAAAAGGAAAAAACAAGACAUAAUCAUUUCAUUAAAACAGCGCAGCCCUACCGACCAAAGAUUGAUACAGCUUUGGAAGAAGGAAAGAAAAAAAGAACCAAAGAUGAAAUUGUAGAUAUUGAUGAUCCAGAAACCAAGCGCUUUCCUUAUCCGCUUAAUGAACUGUUAAUUUGGGCUUGCCUUAUGAAGAGGCAGGUCAUGGCCCGAUUUUUGUGGCAGCAUGGUGAGGAAUCAAUGGCUAAAGCAUUAGUUGCCUGUAAAAUCUAUCGUUCAAUGGCCUAUGAAGCAAAGCAGAGUGACCUGGUUGAUGAUACUUCAGAAGAAUUGAAACAGUAUUCCAAUGAUUUUGGUCAACUAGCAGUUGAAUUACUAGAACAAUCCUUCAGACAAGAUGAAACCAUGGCUAUGAAAUUGCUCACUUAUGAACUGAAAAACUGGAGUAAUUCCACCUGCCUUAAGUUAGCAGUUUCUUCAAGACUAAGGCCUUUUGUAGCCCACACCUGUACACAAAUGUUGUUAUCUGAUAUGUGGAUGGGAAGGCUGAAUAUGAGGAAAAAUUCCUGGUAUAAGGUUAUAUUAAGCAUCUUAGUUCCACCUACCAUAUUAAUGCUAGAAUAUAAAACUAAGGCUGAAAUGUCUCAUAUUCCACAAUCUCAAGAUGCCCAUCAAAUGACAAUGGAAGAUAGUGAAAACAACUUUCAAAACAUCACAGAAGAAAUUCCUAUGGAAGUAUUUAAAGAAGUAAGAAUAUUGGACAGCAAUGAAGGAAAGAAUGAAAUGGAAAUACAAAUAAAAUCAAAAAAGCUUCCAAUCACACGAAAGUUUUAUGCCUUUUAUCAUGCACCAAUUGUGAAAUUCUGGUUUAACACGUUGGCUUACUUAGGAUUUCUGAUGCUUUAUACAUUUGUGGUUCUUGUACAAAUGGAACAAUUACCUUCAGUUCAAGAAUGGAUUGUUAUUGCUUAUAUUUUUACCUAUGCUAUUGAGAAAGUCCGUGCGAUCUUUAUGUCUGAGGCUGGAAAAAUAAGCCAGAAGAUUAAAGUGUGGUUUAGUGAUUACUUCAAUAUCAGUGAUACAAUUGCCAUAUUUUCUUUCUUCAUUGGAUUUGGACUAAGAUAUGGAGCAAAGGGGAACUUUGAGGAUGCAUAUGAUAAUCAUGUUUUUGUGGCUGGAAGAUUAAUUUACUGUCUUAACAUAAUAUUUUGGUAUGUGCGCUUGCUAGAUUUUCUAGCUGUAAAUCAACAGGCAGGACCUUAUGUAAUGAUGAUUGGAAAAAUGGUGGCCAAUAUGUUCUACAUUGUAGUGAUUAUGGCUCUUGUAUUACUUAGUUUUGGUGUUCCCAGAAAAGCAAUACUUUAUCCUCGUGAAGAACCAUCUUGGACUCUUGCUAAAGAUAUAGUUUUUCAUCCAUACUGGAUGAUUUUUGGUGAAGUUUACGCAUAUGAAAUUGAUGUGUGUGCAAAUGAUUCUACUAUCCCUGGAAUCUGUGGUCCUGGGACGUGGUUGACUCCAUUUCUUCAAGCAGUCUACCUCUUUGUACAGUAUAUCAUUAUGGUCAAUCUUCUUAUUGCAUUUUUCAACAAUGUGUAUUUACAAGUGAAGGCAAUUUCCAAUAUUGUAUGGAAGUACCAACGUUAUCAUUUCAUUAUGACUUAUCAUGAGAAACCAGUUCUGCCUCCACCACUUAUCAUUCUCAGCCAUAUAGCUUCUCUGUUUUGCUGCAUAUGUAAAAGAAGGAAAAAAGAUAAGAGUUCAGAUGGACCAAAACUUUUUUUAACAGAAGAAGAUCAAAAGAAACUUCAUGAUUUUGAAGAGCAGUGUGUUGAGAUGUAUUUUAAUGAAAAAGAUGACAAAUUCAAUUCUGGGAGUGAAGAGAGAAUUCGUGUAACUUUUGAAAGAGUGGAACAAAUGUGCAUUCAGAUGAAAGAAGUUGGAGAUCGAGUCAACUAUAUAAAAAGAUCAUUACAGUCAUUAGAUUCUCAAAUUGGCCAUUUGCAAGAUCUUUCGGCCCUGACUGUGGAUACAUUAAAAACACUCACUGCUCAGAAAGCUUCGGAAGCUAGUAAAGUUCAUAAUGAAAUUACACGAGAAUUGAGCAUUUCCAAACAUUUGGCUCAAAACCUUAUUGAUGAUGGUCCUGUAAGACCUUCUGUAUGGAAAAAGCAGGGUGUUGUAAAUACCCUUAGCUCCUCUCUUCCUCAAAAUAGUCUUGAAAGUAGUAACCCUUUUCUUUGUAAUAUUUUUGUGAAAGAUGAAAAAGAUCCCCAAGGUAACAUAUUGGGUCAUGAUUUACCUUUAAUUCCCCAGAGAACAGAAUUCCAUUUUCCAGAGGCUGGUUCCUCUUGUGGUGCCUUAUUCCAAAGUGCUGUUUCGCCUCCAGAACUGCGACAGAGACUACAGGGAGUAGAAACCUUAAAAAUAUUUAGUAAAAAUAAGUCAGGCAGGUCAUCUAAUAGUAUACCACUAUCAUCCCCACCAACCAAACUUUUUGUUAGUACACCAUCCCAACCAAGUUGCAAAAGCCACUUGGAAAUUGUAACCAAAGAUCAAGGAACUGUUUGUUCUAAAGCUGCAGAAGGUGAUACUAUAGAAUUUGGAGCAUUUGUGGGACACAGAGAGAGCAUGGAUUUACAGAGACUUAAAGAAACCUCAAAUAAGGAAGAAAUAUUCAAUGAUAUUCCUUCUGAAAACACUUUGAAACACCUAAGUUCUCAUGCUGGAUUUACUGAGUGUUACCAAACUUCUAUUCCUCUUCAUUCAGAACAAGUGAAAAGUAGCAGUAGAAGGCCAUCUACAGAAGAAACUAACAAAGUAGACUCCAAAGCAGCUUUACUACCGGAUUGGUUACAAGAUAGACCAUCAGACAGAGAAAUACCAUCUGAAGAAGGAACAUUAAAUGGUCUUGCUUCUCCAUUUAAGGCGGUUAUGGAUACACAUUACUAUUACUCAGCUGUGGAAAGAAAUAACCUGAUGAGAUUAUCCCAGAGCAUUCCAUUUACACCUGUGCCUCCAAGAGGUGAGCCCGUCACCGUGUAUCGCUUGGAAGAGAGUUCGCCCAGCAUAUUGAAUAACAGCAUGUCUUCUUGGUCACAGUUAGGCCUCUGUGCCAAAAUAGAGUUUUUAAGUAAAGAAGAGAUGGGAGGAGGUUUACGGAGAGCUGUCAAAGUACAGUGUACUUGGUCAGAACAUGACAUCCUCAAAUCAGGGCAUCUUUAUAUUAUCAAAUCUUUUCUUCCUGAGGUGAUCAACACAUGGUCAAGUAUUUACAAAGAAGAUACGGUUCUACAUCUCUGUCUUAGAGAAAUUCAGCAACAGAGAGCAGCACAGAAGCUCACAUUUGCCUUCAACCAAAUGAAACCCAAAUCCAUACCAUAUUCUCCGAGGUUCCUUGAAGUUUUCCUGCUGUAUUGCCAUUCAGCAGGACAGUGGUUUGCUGUGGAAGAAUGUAUGACUGGAGAAUUUAGAAAAUACAAUAAUAAUAAUGGUGAUGAGAUUAUUCCAACUAAUACACUGGAAGAGAUCAUGUUAGCCUUUAGCCACUGGACUUAUGAAUAUACAAGAGGGGAGUUGCUGGUACUUGAUUUACAAGGUGUGGGUGAAAAUUUGACUGACCCAUCUGUGAUAAAAGCAGAAGAAAAGAGAUCCUGUGAUAUGGUUUUUGGCCCAGCAAAUCUAGGAGAAGAUGCAAUAAAAAACUUUAGAGCCAAACAUCACUGUAAUUCUUGCUGUAGAAAACUUAAACUUCCAGACCUGAAGAGGAAUGACUAUACACCUGAUAAAGUUAUAUUUCCUCAGGAUGAGCCUUCAGAUUUAACUCUUCAGCCUGGAGAUUCCACCAAAGAAUCAGAAUCAACUCAUUCUGUUCGUCUGAUGUUAUAA